AUGCGCCCACUGGCAAGACUGCUCAGUCGCCCACAUGUCACUUGUGUUGGGCACAUUUCUCAGCGAUGCGGUCAACCAAGCCUACUGCUGCGGCUUGCCCAGCCUGCAGCCUCUUGCGUUGCAACAUGGCGAUGGCAAGAGGUUCAACGAAGGGGUGCGAAGACAAUGUCAAGGAAGAAAGUGAAGGAGUUGCCACAAGGAGCGAUCCAAGCUGAAGCCCUCCCUGAAAUACCUCCUGACGACGAACCUCAAUAUCCUACCGUCCUCCAAGGUGUGAGGAACAACAUGGCCAAAUUUGACAAUUGCGUCCUGCUUACAAGAGUCGGUAACUUCUAUGAAUUGUACUUUGAACAGGCCGAAGAGUUUGGUCCCCUCUUGAGUCUCAAGGUGGGCACCAGGCAAACCAAGAUGGGUCCCGUGGCCAUGGCAGGCUUCCCCUUCUUCCAGCUCGACCGCUUUUUGAAGACAUUGGUGCAAGAUCUGCAGAAAUAUGUGGCUAUUUGUGAUGAGUUCCUGAUCCCUGUAUCUGGCAAAGUCAAGUCCGGUGGCUUGAAGCACGACCGCCGAGUCACUCGAGUGGUAACCCCGGGCACACUAAUUGACGAGAAGUUCCUUGAUCCAUAUGAAAACAAUUUUUUGCUUUCAGUAUAUCCUGAAUCGAGCUCCAGCCCUGAACCUACCUCGCUUCGACAUGAUGGUUCUGAAGGAACUUCGAUCGCAGAUGCCGAACAAACGAUCGGCCUUGCUUGGCUGGAUCUAUCGACUGGUGACUUCUUCACACAGACCAUUGGUCGAAGUUCUUUGUCAUCGGGUUUGACACGGAUUGCUCCUCGAGAGAUUGUUCUGCCAGUGAACGUCGCGGAAGAUAUAAAAGACGAGGUUCAGCAGAUUGUGGGCCAUGACCAUCGACUGCUCACUCUGCAUCAACCAGAGAAUGACUUCAAAUCCAUGAUCGAGUGGAAUGCCAUGCUGGAAACCCCAGUAGCACCAGAUGACGACAAGGCCUUCAAGCCUGGAGAGAAACAAGCUGGACAUCAGCUUCUGGACUAUGUCAGACUGCGGCUUCAAGGUUUACAGCUGCGACUACAACCUCCUCGGCGAAAAGAGCUUUGCGAGAUACUGAGUAUUGAUCGGAGUAGUCUGCGGGGAUUAGAGAUACUUGAGACGGCAAGAGAUGGGCUGGGCAGAGGUAGCCUGUUUCACGCUGUCAAGAGGACGGUGACGAAGAGUGGUUCUCGUCUGCUUCGAGAUCGUCUGACAUCACCUUCUGCGUCUUUGCCAGAAAUCAACGAGCGGCUUGACCUUGUUGCCAUGUUUUUCGAAUCGGAAGAGCUGACAGACUCGCUGAUCUUUCGGUUGAGACGGACGUAUGAUGUCCAGCGCAUCGUACAGAAGUUUGCUCUGAACAAGGGGGAUGCAGAUGACAUGCUGUCGCUGGCGACCGCAAUCUCCGAGACCGUCUCUACUCGUGAUCUGCUACAAUCAAGCGUUUCCACGGACGACUCGCCUCUCCAACGAUUGCUGCUACGUUUCGAUCUUGAGGGGCCUGGUGAGCUCCAGACCAGUAUCUCCUCCGCCAUCGAUGAAGAAGGUCUGCAACAUAAGCAUCGCCUGGAAGAAGACGAAGCAGCUAGUGUGGCAGCCCUUGCUCAUGAUGUCGUCCUACAGAGCGCCCCUGAGGAGUUGGAAUCGCUGCCCAAGGCUGUGCGCUCUCGUAGUAAAUCAGAAGAACCGAACAAAGAUGACAUUGUGCUGGAAGAGCCUUGGAUUAUGCGUCGAAAUGCCAGUGACAUCCUACUGCGCUUACAUCAAGAUCUGGAUGACUUGGAAGCUGAAAAGCUCGCUCUCGCGGAAAGACUGAGGACAGAACUAUCGGCCCCGACACUGACUUUGAAGUCAACGCCAGGCCUUGGUUACAUCUGCCAUAUCAGAAGUGCUACAGGCUUCAACCGAGACAAACUGGAGUCCCUACAUGCGCGAAUGGUGUCUUCCUCGAAGAGCACGCGAUCGUUCUAUCUGAGUGACUGGACUCGACUGGGUCGCAGGAUUGAUCAGGCCAUCUUGAAUAUCAGAGACGAAGAGAAGCGGAUAUUUGCCUCUCUCAGAGCGGGAGUCAUCCACAAUCUUGUCAAACUGCGCCGGAAUGCAGCAGUCAUGGACGAACUCGAUGUCGCCAGUGCGUUCGCUACGUUGGCACGGGAACAAUCGUGGAUACGACCGCUCGUGAAUAGUGGCACCGAACACAAAAUCAUAGGAGGACGGCAUCCCAUGGUGAAACUGGGCCUGGAAGAACAAGGCCGUUCAUUCGUGAGCAACAACGUCGUCCUUGACCAAAAAGAACGAAUAUGGCUCGUGACCGGUCCUAACAUGGGUGGAAAGAGUACCUUUCUCCGGCAAAACGCCCUGCUCACGAUUCUCACCCAAACAGGCUCGUACGUGCCAGCAACGCAUGCAGAGAUUGGUCUAGUAGACCAAAUAUUCAGUCGCAUAGGUGCUGCAGAUGACCUCUUCCGUGAUCAGUCCACCUUUAUGGUGGAGAUGUUAGAAACUGCAGCCAUUCUCAAACACGCGACGCCGAGAUCAUUCGUGAUCAUGGAUGAGGUCGGCCGUGGCACCACUCCUGAAGAUGGGACAGCGGUAGGGUAUGCCAGCCUGCAUCACCUUUACCAUGUCAACAAAUGCCGGACUUUGUUUGCGACACAUUUCCAUUCCUUGACUGACAUGACGCGAGACUGGAAGCAACUGGCAUGUUACUGCACGGAUGUUCUCGAAGGCGAUGAUGGUUCGUUUGCGUUUGUGCAUCGACUCAAGAAAGGCAUCAAUCGGCAAUCUCAUGCGCUCAAAGUGGCGAAACUAGCCGGUCUGCCACCUGCUGCAUUGAAAGUCGCGGAGGAUGUUUUACAACACAUCUCAACGGAGAGGAGUAUGGUACAGGAACACGCUACCCAAGAUAAAGAAAAUGACCAGGCCUCUAUCGCCGCCACUGGAUGA